GUUUCUAUUACCAUGCUAAUCAUGAAACAAGAAAUAAAGAAGCUCUAAGAAAAUGGGAUCCGAGCAAAGUUCUCAAAAUAGCAACCAAAAUGCUAAUAAUGAAAAAACAAGGAUGAAUCAACUCAGACGUGGUAAAAGUGUUCCAAAUCAUGAAAGAAUACCAGAAGAUACUCCACCGAGAUGUACCAGUCCUGGCGCUAGCAUUUGCUCUGAUUCUGAUCUUCCAUAUAUUUCUUAUACAGUGAAUCGACCUAUUGGAGAUUCACCAAAGAUGACAAAUAAACAGUCACAAAUCUAUAGAGGAAAGAGUAUUGGAGAAAUCUCAAGGCAGAAGAAUAGUCUAGGCACAACAAAUCAUAAUCACAAGAAGAUUAUAUCAGACAAGACACACAGUAUUGUAGUGGUAAAACCAGCUCAAAUAGAUCCUACAGCAGACAAAGAUCCCGACAUAGUAAAACUACAAAGUAUCCCAAUGUUCCUACCGAUUAUGCGUGGCACAUUAAAUCUACCACCUGGUGUACGCGAUCCAGAGGUCCUCGAGAGGCUUGAUCCUGUUGGUCUGUUUAAUCUAUGUGCACGUUAUCAACAUCAUCUAAAUACAAAUGCGCAGAUUAUAGCAGCAGAACAAGUUACUGUAUGUGCUAGUAUGGAAACAGAAUUUGGCAAGGUAUUAAAUCUCGCUGUGGAUCGACAAAAAAAAUUCGCUAAAUUUACAGAACAGAUAAAUAAAGUGCAUGAGCUUAGCCGUCAGUUAACUAGAUGUCACUCACUUCUCAAUCAAACCCUUGAAAGUCUCGAAACGCUCAACAAUCUAUUACCAAUUGAAGAGAGGCUUGAGCCCUUUGUCUGGACUACAGGUUAAAUAUAUCCAACGAUAAAAAAAUGUUAUUACUUUUUUAAACAAAAACUUUGAUUCUCUAUAAAAUAUUGAUAUCCUAUCACAAAGAAAUUGUGAGU